GUCAUUCCAGGAGUUAUAAAGAGAGAGAGAGAGAGAGAGAGAGAGAGAUAUUUUGUUUUUUCCGUGUGGGGUAAUUUAUUUUUUUUCUCUCUGGUAAUAAAAGCUUUGAGUUCUGUCGUCAUUUGUCAAUGGUGUCGGACCAGGAUCUAGCGAAAGGAGUCGAGACUCUGCUCCGGCAAUCCGACCCCACCUCUCUCACUUCGUUAACCAGUGUUGUUCACCAGCUCGAGGCUAAGCUAGGUCUAGACCUCACGGAGAAGACGAGCUUCAUCAGAGACCAGAUCAGUCACCUCCUCCGUGCAGCUCACCCACCAGCCUCCUCUGCUUCCGCAUCAACCCUACAACCUCCGCCGUCGCAGCAGCAGCUGCUGCAUUUCGGCGGCAAUGCUCCGGCGAAAGGGCAUUUCACACAUAACCAUCCGUCUCAAUUCUCUGCUUCCCAUUCUCAGCAUUUCGCUCUUCAGCCUCCUUACUACUCUUAUGAGCUCAAUUUCCAGCAGCCGUAUCCGCCGCCGCAGCUGCACCAGCAACAGUCUCCGCGACAAGGGUCCCCUUUGCUGCUUUCACAAGGCGCCAAUGCCUCUCUAUCUGUUAAUCAAGCCCCCAAAGAAAGAACUAAAAGAAACGGUGGUCCUGGAGGAUUAAACAAAGUCUGUAGAGUUUCUCCAGAGCUUCAAGUCGUUGUUGGUGAACCUGCUCUUCCCAGAACUGAGAUUGUGAGGCAAUUGUGGGCUUACAUAAGGAAGAACAACCUCCAAGACCCGAGUAACAAGCGGAAGAUCAUAUGUGAUGAGGCGUUGCGUGUGGUUUUCGAGACUGAUUGCACUGAUAUGUUCAAGAUGAAUAAGUUGCUUGCUAAGCAUAUUCUCCCGCUUGACCCAUCAAAGGACUCUAGUCAAGUGAAACGGGCAAAAGCUGAGGUGGAGACGAAAACUGAGACUGAGACCACAGAGCCUGUUAGUUCAACUUCAGCUGUUGCGUCAUCCGAGCCACUUGCUAAGUUCUUUGGUAGUGGUGAGAUGGAGAUGACGGAGGAAGAGAUUAUUCGCCGUGUUUGGGAAUACAUAAAACUCAACAAUUUAGAGGACCAGGUAAACCCAAUGGCUAUUCAGUGCGAUGAAAAGCUCCGAGAUCUUCUUGGACGUGAAAGCAUUUCAGCUGUUGGGGUUAAUGAGAUGCUGAGACGCCAUAUGUACAAACCGUCUUGAUAUCUCCUGGUUCUGACUUCAUUAACUAGGGACUGCUAGUGUGUGUAUCUAGAGAACCUACUUAUGACUCGCGGGUGUAGAAAUCCGAUAAGGAAGACAAGACAAUUUUUAGUUUUAACUUCCUUUAAUGCUUAUCUUCAUCUUCCUUUGGUUCUUUGUUUAGUUGGCUGUGUAUGAAAAUGGUUUAGGUUGAUAUCUUAUUUAAAUAUUUUACAGUCUUCAGGGAAUCUGUAAUAUUCGAAGUACUGAAAACUCUAGUGUAUAUUGCGUAGAUGUUUUGUAUUUAACGCUAUUUACCCAUGAAUGUUUUAG